AUGAUUAUGCUGAAGCAUAUUCUCCCAGGCACAACUAUUCACACGGACUAUUGGAAAGAAGCCAAUAACAUCAAAAACAUUGGAUUUGUACAUGAAACGGUCAACCAUACUGAGAAUUUUGUUCAUCCGGACAAUGGGUUGCACACUCAAAGGGUAGUGCCUACAUGGUCUCAUAUGAAGCGUGCCAUCAGAAAGAUGAAAGGAGCACUCUGGGAUGCG